GCAGCUCUGCUUCUAACAGAGAAGGUGAAAAAUAAGAAGCUGGUUGAACUGCUGAGGAGAAAAGUUCGUCUUGCCCAGCCUUAUGCUGGUGUUUUUCUUAAAAAAGAAGACAACAAUGAAUCUGAUGUGGUGGAGGAUCUGAAUGAAAUAUACCAAAUGGGAACUUUUGUCCAGAUUCAUGAAAUGCAGGAUCUUGGAGACAAGUUGCGAAUGAUAGUCAUGGGACACCGAAGGAUUCGCAUAAACAAGCAACUAGAGGUUGAACCUGAGGAGCCUGAGAACAAACAAAAAAUCAGAAGGAAACAAAAGCGAUCUAAGAAGGAGGCUGAAGAGGAGCCUGGAGCAAAGGACCAAUCUGUGGAGCUGGUACUAGAUCCUGUAUCUGCUCCUUCAAAGGAAGUUCUCAUGGUAGAAGUAGAGAAUGUGGUUCAUGAAGAUUUUCAGAUCACAGAAGAGGUUAAAGCACUUACUGCAGAAAUUGUUAAAACAAUCCGGGACAUCAUUGCCUUGAACCCCUUGUACAGGGAGUCCGUACUUCAGAUGAUGCAGGCUGGACAGCGUGUGGUAGAUAACCCUAUCUAUCUGAGUGACAUGGGUGCAGCCCUAACAGGGGCAGAGUCACAUGAACUUCAAGACAUCUUGGAAGAAACCAGUAUUCCCAAACGGCUUUAUAAAGCUCUUUCCCUUCUAAAAAAGGAAUAUGAGCUGAGCAAACUUCAGCAGCGUCUUGGAAGAGAGGUUGAGGAGAAGAUCAAGCAAACACAUCGCAAGUAUCUUCUUCAAGAGCAGUUGAAGAUCAUUAAGAAAGAGCUAGGUUUGGAAAAAGAGGAUAAAGAUGCUAUAGAAGAGAAAUUCCGUGAGCGACUAAAGGAGCUGGUAGUGCCAAAACAUGUCAUGGAUGUGAUUGAUGAAGAGUUGAACAAGUUGGGCUUGUUGGAUAAUCAUUCCUCAGAAUUUAAUGUUACACGGAACUACUUGGACUGGCUGACAUCCAUCCCGUGGGGUAAGUGUAGCGAGGAGAACCUAGAGCUGGCCAGAGCCCAGGCGGUUCUAGAGGAGGAUCACUAUGGAAUGGAUGACGUCAAGAAGCGAAUUCUGGAAUUUAUUGCAGUCAGCCAGCUGCGAGGAUCCACCCAGGGGAAGAUUUUGUGUUUUUAUGGUCCUCCUGGAGUUGGCAAAACCAGUAUUGCUCGCUCCAUUGCCAGAGCUCUAAACAGAGAGUACUUCCGCUUCAGUGUUGGAGGGAUGACUGAUGUAGCAGAAAUAAAAGGACACAGGAGGACAUAUGUUGGAGCAAUGCCAGGAAAAAUCAUCCAGUGUCUGAAGAAGACCAAGACAGAGAAUCCACUUAUACUGAUUGAUGAGGUAGAUAAAAUAGGAAGAGGCUAUCAAGGGGAUCCAUCCUCGGCCCUUCUAGAACUAUUGGAUCCAGAACAGAACUCUAACUUCUUGGAUCAUUAUCUUGAUGUUCCUGUGGAUUUGUCAAAGGUACUUUUUAUUUGUACUGCCAAUGUAACAGAAACCAUUCCAGAGCCACUGCGGGAUAGAAUGGAAGUGAUCAAUGUGUCAGGAUAUGUAGCAGAAGAGAAACUUGCAAUUGCAGAGAGAUACUUGGUCCCUCAAGCACGAGUUCUGUGUGGCUUGGAUGAAAACAAAGCUCAGAUCACAUCAGAUGUCCUGACUCUUCUCAUCAAGCAGUACUGCAGAGAGAGUGGGGUGAGGAAUCUACAGAAACAAGUAGAAAAGGUAUUGAGGAAAUCUGCCUAUAAAAUCGUGAGUGGAGAAGCAGAGACAGUCCAAGUAACACCGGAGAACCUGCAGGAUUUUGUAGGAAAGCCCAUCUUCACUGUGGAUCGCAUGUAUGAAACCACUCCCCCAGGAGUUGUGAUGGGUCUGGCUUGGACAGCUAUGGGAGGUUCCACUCUGUUUAUUGAAACAUCCCUGAGGCGACCCAAAGACAAGGAGAACAAGGAUGGGUCACUUGAAGUAACAGGGCAACUGGGAGAUGUAAUGAAAGAGAGUGCCAAAAUUGCAUACACAUUUGCAAGAGCCUUUCUGAUGCAGAAGGACCCCAACAAUGACUUUCUUAUGUCUUCUCAUAUCCACUUGCAUGUGCCAGAGGGAGCAACCCCGAAGGAUGGACCAAGUGCAGGAUGUACCAUAGUAACGGCUCUGCUAUCCCUGGCCAUGAAUUGCCCAGUGAGACAGAAUGUGGCCAUGACUGGAGAAGUGUCAUUGACUGGAAAAAUUCUUCCUGUUGGUGGAAUCAAGGAAAAGACUAUUGCAGCGAAGAGGGCAGGUGUUAACUGCAUCAUUCUGCCAUCAGAGAACAAAAAGGAUUAUUAUGACCUUGCUGGAUUCAUUACAGAAGGACUGGAAGUGCAUUUUGUGGAGCACUACAAAGAGGUAUUUGAUAUCGCAUUUUCACAGCUGGAUCUCACUGGACGAUGACAAGCUGUGCUCUGAUGGCUGGAAGGUGUUCUGUCCCUAAGCACUCAGCCCCCACCUUGAGAUGGGUGACCAGGGCAAUCCUUAAGUGGGACAUAAAGUUAUUGCUGCUGCGCAGCUGCCAAAAUUAUGGCUCUGCUAGAAUAAAGUAUUUCUCAGUCUUUAAUACUGAAUUAUGAUCUACAAUAAAGGAUUUCCAAUUUUGCCAAAGGAAUGGGCAUGUUAUCAGCCACCAGCA